UUUUAGACUAUGACAUCUCUGAAUCUUUUCAGUCCGAGAUUUGAAAAAUUGUGAAUUUGCAAAUUCUAUGUAAUUCAUUUUACAAGCAACGAAGAUGCCUACCAGUGCCGCUCUCCAACCAUCCGCUGCUUUUUCUCUAGAUGUAGGUGACUUGAGAUACUGUAAGGACAUUAUAUUCGUGGAAUCAAUGAAUGGGAUCUUUGAAAUUCGUGUUUAUAUAAUUUCAGUACACUGAAAUAAAGAUACUUUGUUCUCUUCUUUUUUCAGACCCACUUUGAAACCAAUAUGAUGGCAUCAUGUCGCAGUCAGCUUUAGGAUUGUGUCCUCAUCGGUUCUGUUGAAUCUUACACUGAGUGAACAUUGUCACUCGCAGUAGACUUCGUGUUUCAAAAUAAAGGGGGUGUAUGUGAAUCACCAUGUUUUGCUCAGAUUGAAAUUAUGUAGGCCCAACUUAUCAGCAUUAGCAAGUGUUUCGAAUGACGUUCAUCUGAGAUUUAAGAAAAAAAUAUUUUAAAAUACAGUCUACGAUCAUUGAUCAUUUUUCGAAAAAUAAACUUCAAAAUGAUGAAUCCACUGUCACUAAAGAGUAUUCGCAUGCGGAUAGAGACCGAGGACCCGUUGUAUUUUGGUCAGAAAAAGCUGAAGAUGCAAGGGCGGGACUUGCUUCACCUUCCUAAAGCCGUGUUCAAGCUAAUGGAAUUGGAGGUCCUCGAUCUGAGUCCGGAGCGAGAGGCAUGUUUAGACUACAAGUUGACAGUACUUCCGGCAGAUAUUGGGAAGCUCCUCAAUCUAACCACGUUGAUCCUAGACACUAACGAGCUUCUGGAGAUGCUGCCAAAGAAGAUCAACAAAUUGAAGAAGCUGGAGACACUGCUGUUAUUCAUAAACCAACUGACCAAACUGCCGGACACUAUUGUCCAGCUGACGGAACUGCGCUGCCUGUGGCUGGGGAACAACCGGUAUACGUCGUCUGCACUGGAUGGAAACCCUCUCGUCAGCCCACCAAUAGAAACAUGUCGGAUGGGACCAGAAGCUAUAGAGAGAUUUCAAGGGGUUGGGCCCAACAUCGACGCAGAGAAGGAAGCAGAAGAGGACGGCAAACGGAGGGGGCGCAGCAGGGCGCCUUCAGACGCUAGCUGGAGAAGUAGAAAUUCGUCCAAUGCCGCUCCUGCAUAAGGGCGACGGAGUCAGAUGCCUGUAAAUAACAGUAGGACUCCAACUCAAGUGAUCAAUCAGAUCUUGACAAAAAAAAGAACAUGAGGAUCAUGUUACAUGUAAAUUGUUGUAGAAUUACGCAGUGUUUGCACUUACUCUGUACAAUUUCCUAUGCAUAUGCAUGUAUCAAAAUGGAAAGGGCGCAAACUAUGUCUAAAAUGAUGUCAUAGGAAUACCGAGAAAACAUCAAUUAAACAAAAAAUACCAUUUGUCAUUUUUCUGCAUUUUUUCUGUUUUGACCAAGGUGUGUCAGAAAAGAACUAUUUAAUGAAAGCCCAUGGUCGCAAUGUGUACCUCAGUUUUAUAAUAGGCCAACUAGAUGACGCCUAGAAAACAAAUAAAUCGGACACUGACACAACACGGG